AUGUCCUCCAACGUCGGCCUCUCGACCCCCCGCGGCAGCGGCACCUCCGGCUACGUCCAGCGCAACCUCUCAGCCCUCAGACCGCGCGACAGCACCGCGCCCUACCCGAAAGACUUCGACAGCCUCAAGCACAGGCAGCGGCAGCCGGACAAGGAGAUUCUCGAGCAUGACCGGCGGCGGGAAAUUGAGGUCAAGGUGUUUGAGCUACGGGAUAGGCUUGAGGAUGAGGGGGUUGAAGAGGACGACAUCGAAGACCAGUGCACUGCGCUACGCAAGAAGCUGGAGGCGGAGCGCAAAUGCGGGAAGGAAAGCACGGAUGCGAGGGGCCUGAAGUCGCACCAGGUGCAUGAGCUGGCGAAGGCGAAGAUUGAGGAGAGCGAGAAGCUUCGGAAGGCGUUGGGGAUCCGUGAAGAUUAUGAGGAGGGCGGGCACUGGAAGAAACAGCAGGAGAAGUACAAGGCGUCCGUGAUUGAGAAUGGAAGGGAGGACGUGAGGAGAGACGAGGAUAACGAGUGGUAA